AUGGCCUCCCGCUUGGCUAUCCGUGCCUUCGGAGCCGCCCGUCUACGGCCGUCGGUCCCUUCGCGAACUCUUCCCGCAGUCACUACCGCAUUGACUGCUACCCGACCGGCAUCCAAUGUUCCCGAACCUAAGGUUAAGGCACAGUCUAUCAUUGACUCUUUACCUGGAAAUUCCCUCGUUUCCAAGACCGCCAUCCUGUCCUCCGCCGCUGGUCUGUCUAUCUACGCCAUUAGCAAUGAGUACUACGUCGUGAACGAGGAAACCGUUGUCGCCUUCUGCUUGCUCAGCGUUUGGGGUGCUUUGAUCAAGUAUGGUGGUCCCAUGUAUAAGCAAUGGGCCGAGGCACAGAAUGAGAAGAUCAAGAACAUCCUGAACGCCGCGCGUGCCGACCACACCCAGGCUGUCAAGAACCGCAUCGAGAACGUUCAGCAGAUGGGAGGUGUUGUCGACAUCACCAAGGCUCUCUUCGAGGUUUCUAAGGAGACUGCUAAGCUCGAGGCCCAAGCGUAUGAGCUCGAGCAGUCUACUGCUCUGGCGGCCGAGGCCAAGUCAGUUUUGGAUUCGUGGGUACGAUACGAAGGCCAGGUCAAGCAGCGCCAGCAGAGGGAACUGGCCGAGUCGAUUAUUGCCAGGGUGAAGAAGGAGCUCGAGAGCCCUAAGGCUCUUCAACAAAUCCUGCAACAAAGCGUUGCCGACGUAGAGAGAAUUGUGUCCUCCAAGGCUCAAUAG